UGUUUGCGCAUGCGUGAGCCAGAAAAGUGCGUUUUAGAAUGAUUACUGACGGCCAGUGGAGAGGCAGAUUAUACGGCUCUACACAACUGUUGUUUUAAUCCCCUGAAAGAAGAGAUUUAGCAAGAAAAAACACUGCCUUUAAACCCAGCAGCCAUAUUGCAUGGAAAAACGACUGAAAGAUUCCAGUUUUCAUCAAAAAGUAGAAACCUUUUCCAAGACUUUUGGGGAGUUUAAUUUUCCUCCUUGCCAGCGGUGGGUUCUGCGCAGUAGCUAGCUUGCCAGCUGGCUGAAGAGUCCGGAGAGUUUCAGCAAAUUUCCAGCCAUUUUGUGCGGUUUUGAGGGGAUAUUGUUGGCGCCCGUGUGUUAAAUAACUCUAAUAAUGAAGGACCGAUUGGAGCAACUGAAAGCGACGUGUGAUCAAGAUGACGACGAGGUGGAAAUUGCUGUGGACAAUGCAGCUUUUAUGGACGAGUUCUUCUCUCAGAUCGAGGACAUCAGGAGCAGUAUUGAUAAAAUUGAUGAGAAUGUGGCUGAAGUCAAAAAGCUCUACUCUGUCAUCCUGUCUGCUCCCACAUCAGACCAGAAAACACAGGAUGACCUGGAAGCAAUCACCAACGACAUAAAGAAGAAGGCCAACAACGCAAGAAACAAACUGAAGACCAUCGAGAGAAAUCUGGAGUCGGAACAGCAGGAGAGAGUGUCAGCUGACAUGAGGAUACGUAAAUCACAGCAUGCAGUUCUGUCCAGAAAAUUUGUGGAGGUAAUGACAAAGUAUAAUGAAGCUCAGGUGGACUUCAGAGAGAGGAGUAAAGGACGCAUUCAGAGACAGUUGGAGAUCACUGGAAAAGCAACAACAGAUGAAGAGCUAGAGGAGAUGUUGGAGAGUGGUAAUGCUGCUGUUUUCACUGCAGGGAUCGUGGACUCUGGCAUCUCUAAACAAGCCCUAAGUGAGAUCGAAGCCCGGCAUAAAGACAUUGUCCGUCUGGAAAGUAGCAUCAAAGAGCUGCACGACAUGUUUGUAGACAUCGCCAUGCUGGUGGAGAGCCAGGGGGACAUAGUAGACAACAUAGAGCAGAAUGUGUCCCAGUCAAUGGACCACAUAGUACAAGCAAAUGAAGAGACUAAAAAAGCUCUAAGGUACCAGACCAAAUCACGAAAGAACAUGCUGAUAAUAGUGGUGGUUGUGCUGAUUUUGCUGGCGGUAAUAGCUCUGAUUGUUGGCUUGUCAGUAGGAUUGAAAAAGCAAUGAGCUGUUUGAGCUACAGAAAAUGAUCAUCAUCGGUGUGUGCUGUGCUGUGGUCCUGGUCAUCAUCAUCAUCAUUAUCCUCACACAGACCAUAAAGUAGGACUACUUCCUGUUGCAAUCAUCUGUUUUCACCACCCAGUCCCCUCAUCUCUUCGUGACUCGAUCCACAAAGACAGAACUCCACUCAUUAGGAUCAGUCACAACCCACUAGUAAAAAUAAAUACUUUAAAGGUGUGGCAUUACAUCUUCUAAAAAAAGAGAAGAGGAUGACGUCACUUUUGGAUGUUGCUGAAAAUGAGGAAUUGGAAGUUGACCUGAGCUCCAAAACACAGAACCUCUACAAAACGGGAAAUGGAAAAUAACUGAUCCCUUUGUCACUCCAGUGUCGCACAGCAUUUCAUUGUCGAACAUUUGAUGCCAAAGUUUCUCCUUUUGUGUUUGUCGUUUGUUGCGCUUCACACCAUAACGGCCUCCUGGAUCAUUGUUCCCUGCCCGCUUGAGCCUCGACACAUUUAAUGACACGGAUGCUGAUCAAUGUUUACCUCUCUGGGGUCUUGUUCGUUUGGGGGAGUUUAAGCACUUUCAGUCUUGUAAAACAUUAUUGAAUUAAGCUCAGAUUUCUGUAAUUAUCAUGUAAUUAAUAGAAUUAAUACUUGUGUUGACGCCCAGUCAUAAACAUGUCCCAAUAGUUCAAUAAUUCAAACGGGCUCUUAAGAAGACCUGAGACUUUAACUUCUUUAGAUGUUACUGUGAUAUUAUUGCUUAAUGUGAUUUAAAAAGAUGUUUUAUUACCAAAGAAUUUAAAGAGAGGUUAAUUAUUUUCCAGCAGUAACCAAAUUAGACCAUAUAUUUAUUGUAUUUACUAUGUUUAUUAUUAUUAUUUGAGUUAAACAAAAGUGGACGCCCAGCCUCCGAUAAUAUUUCCACUCAAUGCACAGUUGAGUUUACAGGUUUGUUUUUUAAAUAUUCAACUCCACAUUCAACAGUCAAUAUAUGUUCUUUUUCUUUAUUGUCUUUGCAUUUGCUGGUAAAAAUGAGGGAAAGGAAAUGUUGGUAAAACCAAUCAGCAAACAACCAGACCAAUGAUCAAACGUCUAAUAUUUAAAUAAAGUGAAUGGUUUCUGAUGUGAGGAUAAAAGGAAAAGCUGCUAUAAAUCGAAGUCAUCUGUUGAACCAGAGCCCAUAUGUUUGACAUUUCAGGACCCCUCUAAUAUGGUUUUUGUGGCCACGGAUCACAAAAGGAAUAGGGGGAACGCUUUACUUGUUGCACGUUCUUAUGUUGAAUGUCCAUUGUUUGAAAUGAAUUAAAGAUAUCUUGUUUUUUAGA